CUAUCACAUCCAAUCAUUACUGAAUGUUCUCUGUAUAUCCUACGGAUGAAUUCGGCAUACAUAUUAUAUAAUCUUCUGUCCUACAAAGCUUAGAAAAGUCAACUUUUACUACUGCUUACCGGUUAAAACCCCCGGAUGUAAUAGGAGAACGUUAACGAGACGCUAACUGCUAUUUGUUUACGUUAGCGUGACGGCGUGGUUUUGUAACAGGGGAAAAAAGGGACUUAUGAAAGUUUAAAAUGCGGAUUGAUGAAGAGCAGAGAGACGCUGUAGGUCGACUAAAAGCUCCAUGACAGGUGAGAUGGCUCUGGUGCGGCGGGCGGUGAGUGAUGCAUUGUGGGCGAUGUGUGCGGCCGACUCCAUGUCCAUGCCGGUGCACUGGUACUACGACGUGGACGACAUCCAGCGGGACUUCGGAGGCUGGAUAUCAGACUUUAACUCUCCCAGAGACACACACCCAUCCAGCAUCCUCAGCCUCUCCAACACAGCCGGCAGCGGUCGGACCGCCGGGCCGUCCGGCGCCAGGCGCCCCGACGUGGUCGGGAACGUGAUCCUCCACGACAAGCUGGAGCUGUGGAGGUCCUCCAGAGGCUCCGCCCACUACCACCAAGGUCUCCGUGCCGGAGACAACACCCUCAACGUCCUCUGUUCCCUCCGUGCGGCUCGCUCGCUGGUCGCCGGGCGCUUCAGUGACCUCUCUCAGCCAGAGGCUCGCGCCGCCGUUCUGGCGGACUACGUCCACUUCCUGACCACGCCCGGCUCGCACCGCGACUCCUACGCCGAGUCCUCGCACCGCUCCUUCUUCUCCAGCUGGCAGGACGACCGGCCCACCGCGCCCUGGCAGGUUUUGGCGUUUGCAGAAGAACGCAGCAGGAAGGAGUUGAGCUCCUCGCCCCCUGACAGCCAGCUGGACGCCAUCGGCUGCCUUCCCAUGAUCCUCCCCUUCAUCCUGCUGUCCGCCUCGGCCAAUCAGGAGCAAGCUGUGGGUGACUCGUUAGCACACACAUUUGUCAUGCCGGAAACACACGAGCGCUGA